UUAGCUAACCUGUGACGUAACACCAGAGCACACUGGAGUUCAUGUUGGCGUGUCGUAGUUUCAUUUUUCGUGCUGGGUAAAGGAGCCUUUGUGAACACGAAUAGACCUGGCACUGACAAACGAAAAGGUGUUCAUUUAUCUUUGGCUGUCUGGGAUGUAUGAAUGGAUAGUUGACGGAAUAUCAUCGCUCUUCGUGCCUUUUUCUGGAGGGAAAUCAAGGAGCUGGCCUAAGAACGGCGGUGUAUCAGAAGCCGCGCGGACCCCAGACGAGCAAAGACAGGAUAACUGUAAUAACAGGCCAGCGAAACGCAAUUAUCAGAGUGUCCACUCUCCCGAGGGCACAUCGGAACCAGUGGAGAUCAAAAGACCAAGAAGAGAUGUAAUUUUAAGCACUGUUAAGAAAACCCUGGCUGGAGUUGCUGGCUUUCUCCGUCUGAGGCACUCCAAACCCAGCCUUCAAAAUGACCACCGCUCCUAUAAGAGAGCCCCGCUGCAGCCCGUUGCGCUGGCGGGAAUAGAUGAAAUUCCAAACAGUAACUUGAGCAUGUGGCUUAUGAAUGGGAAUGUUAAAAUGGACAAACUGAGAGAGGGAGGCAAUACUGGCCAAGAGAAGACUGUGUCUGCCUUUGGCCACAUCCCCUUGCCGCUGAAUAAAAAGCAAGAUAGUGGAGCGAUGGUGUUCCGGGGAGCCCAGGACAAGACUCAGCGACGAUCCAUGCCCCUCAUGCCUGCCUCAGACCUGGCCAGCAGGCCUCACAAGCCCUGCCUGGCUGUGGAGGAGGCCCUGAAAGAAAGUGACCGGGAGCAGUACUUAAGACUGGUGGAGAUGGUGUCAGAGAAGUACAGCAAAAGCAAACCCCUUCCAUUUGCUCAGAUGAAGCCUCUGAUGACUUCUCUUCCUCUGGAUGGACACAAACAGACAGUCUUUGGCAGAACCUGUGAUACGAGCCUCCCCAAGCGUGGUCCUAUCAGAGCCAACCCCAGUGUGUCCAUGUGGAGGGACCCAUCAUCUGGAAAGCAAACCAAGGACAGGACUGUGGAUAUGGGUCUGAGUAAGCCUGUUGGAGAUUGCAGGAGCACAGGAGUGGAGGAGCAGUCGGCAUGGAAGGGGAAGACCAAGCCAGUGGACGUGGACCUGUCUGCUGAGGUCGCCGCUCGCCUCAACCUGAAGGACACGGAGCCGCCUCUGCCUCUGCCUCUGCCUCCGCUUCAGCCUGUCCCUGUUCCUCCCGGGUUCCAGAGCCGGCCCGCCUCUCAGGCGGACUCCCGGCUGGCUGAAGAGGACCUCCCUCGCCUCUCCAAGGAGAUGCAGAUGGAGGUGAGUGCUGCUCUGGCUCAGAGGGACCACAGCCUGGUCCUCAGCAGCGCCUUCAAGCUGCGCAUCACCCAGAGAGACCUGGCCACCCUGCAGGAGGGCUCCUGGCUCAACGAUGAGGUGAUCAACUUUUACCUGAACCUGGUGAUGAGUCGCAGUGAGGAGCAGAAGGUGGCGGGUGGGCAGAAGGUCUACUCCUUCAGCACCUUUUUCUUCCCCAAGCUGCACGGCGGGGGCCAUGCGGCCGUCAGGCGCUGGACCAAGGCGGUGGACCUCUUCACCUACAACAUCAUCCUGGUGCCCCUGCACCUGGGAGUGCACUGGUCUCUCACUGUGGUUGACUUCAAGGCAAAGAGUGUGAAAUCCUAUGACUCCAUGGGCCAGAGGCAUGAUGACAUCUGCAACAUGAUACUGCUGUAUCUGAAGGAGGAGAUGAGUGUGAAGAAGGGGAAAGAUCUGGAUGUCACCAAGUGGACUGUCAGCAGUCUCAAGGCCUCUGAGAUCCCCCAGCAAAAGAAUGGCAGUGACUGUGGAGUCUUUGCCUGCAAAUACGCUGACUACAUUUCCCGUGGACGACCUUUGACCUUCAGACAGUGUCAUAUGCCACUGUUCAGAAAGCUGAUGAUCUGGGAGAUUCUCAACCAGCGCUUGUUGUAAAAGGAAGACAGAAGAGGAUCAUUUGGCAUCUUCAUUCAACCAAAACAGGACCAACUAAACCUCCCUGCUUCCCUGAGCUUCCCAUCGUUUUAAUAUUUAUAAAGCGCUACUAGGUUCUGUAUUCACAAAAAAAGAAAAAGGAAAAAAAAACCUGACACAAGCCCCAUACCAUAGAAGAGGUAGACGCACAGCUUGAGUCAUUAACUUAUAAUGCAGAGUAAGUAUUUGUUACAAAACCAGUCAUUCAUUGUGUUAUUUCACUCUAUUGUAAUGCGUUGUGGGUAACUGGACGAUCAACAUUGCUGUCUGGUCUGUGUCCUGUUAUUGUCUCUGGUGUUGGUCAGUCAAACAGCGAAGGAGGUUGAAUAGGUACUGACGUAGACGUAAAGGACUAGGCCCCACAUGGGUAUCCUGGCCGUAAUGAUGCAGACAUUGAAAUGGCCUGACGGGGGUGGCCACCUUAAGUUAUUUUGUUGUAAUGUGAAAGAAAAGUGCCAGAUAAAGACUGAGAGACCAAUUCUUAUGUUGCAGUGCUAGGUGUGUGUGUGUGUGUGUUUGUGUGUGUCUGUCUGGUAAGGCCUGUGUGUGGUGUCAAUCAAAAUGUGUUAAGCACCCCUUAGUGACAUACUGAAUGUACAUGUCAUCCCAUUAUGCGUGUCUUUAGACUGAAGUGCCUUAAAUUCAUCUGUAUCUGUCCACCACACAUACUGUGGCACUGGCUGCAGAGAUCAUUAACUGUGUUUUAGUGUGUGUGUGUGUGUGUGUUUGUGCGUGUGUGUGUGCGCACUCUACUGCUCGGCUCUGCAUGGUGUGUGUGUGUGUGUACGGUCGCCUGUUGGUGUAUGGCAAGGAUGUCGUUAAUUUCACGUAAAUGAUCUUGUAAGUAAAACUUGAGUCAGAUGGAAAAGUUGUAUGUAACUUCGUGAAGUUGUUUACAUGCGUUCUCGUUUGAUCACAAAAGUCUUGGCUCCUAAAUGCAAACGUGUCAGACUUAACUGGAUAGGAGAGGAUUGCAUGCGGUUCUAAAAAUAACUCUUUUACACUUUUUUGUUUUUCUUCCUCGUGUCACUUGUGCCAUCCCCCCUAUUCUUGCAAUCCCCCCUGAAAUGCCCUUAAUUUAAAGACAGAAAAGCGUUAUUUAUUUUCGUUACGUUUCCUCGUUUCUACUUUAUGAUUUGGCUUGUAAAUAAUCUAAUCAGCUUCUGGUGUGUGCUUGUUUCUGUGUAGAGAUGAGAGGAUACAAUGAAUGUAGAAUGCAGCUGAACUUAAACCAGUGAGACUUCACACUACAGGCUGAUCUUAAGUAUUUAUGGUGCAACAUGCACAGUAUGUCUUCUGUGUUGGCGUAGAUCUGUACAGAUUGUUGCUCAUUAUUUUUGUAAGUAAUAAAGAACUGGACGAA